UUCCAGAUUUCACUUCACGCUUCUCUCUCUCUCUCUCUCUCUCUCUCUCUAAAUUAAUUCUCCCGCCACACUCUUUUGCGCUCACAACUCACUCACUCUCAUUCAUAUAUAAAGAAGUAAGCAAAUUAUGAAGUAGCAAAAAAAUAAAGAAAUGGAAGCUGAGCCAUCGAGAAGAAGACUGAGGUCCCGAAACCCUCUCUCGGAUUGCACCAACACCAUUUCCUCCACCACCACCACCGCCGGCUCUUGUCAGUCCUCGUCCGCCUCCACCCCCGCGCUCAAACGCCAGAAUCCCAAGCUCGCCUCCGUCACUAGGAACCUCUUCUCCGCUUUAACCCCUAAACCCUCUGCAGUCCCGCCGCCGAUUCCGUCCACUCCUCCUCGUCCUCCUCCCGUCUCGUCCUCUGCUUCUGGUACCAGCGUUCGUGAGGCUCUUGAACCUUGUUCAGUGUAUACUCGAAGACAGACUGCAGUAAAAAGGAAGGGUAAAGGGAAGGAAAAUGCUGGAUCCUGGAGUUGUCCUCCCGCACCAAAGACCCGGAAUGCUAGGAAACAGACAAAGGAAAGCGGACACAACAGUGCAUCCAAGGAAUCAAUGGCUCCUCACAAAAAGAAGCAGCGUGCAGUACCAGCUUCGGAGAAGCAGAGAGCUUACUUUGAAGAGAUUGAGGAGAAGAGAAAAUACUUCGCAGAGAUCGAUGCAUUUGAACUGUCAGAAGAGGAAGUUGAUUCAGUUGAUUAGAGUAAACGGAAGAACUAUAUAGUGCAUCGUAUAGAAAAAGCAAGGGUGCCAAAACCCGUUGCGUUCUCUGUGUAGUCACAAUAGUGUGCAAUCGACUAAUUCUGAUGUAACUACCACCGCUCGCCAAUUUACAUCGAUGUAAGUGCUUGAUGGUUAGAAUACUUUUAUCUCUGUGUACAGUCAACUCGAGAAGUAGAGAUGAAGGUUAAGCAAGUAAAUGAAAGAAAGUAUGAGAAAGUGUAAAAGUUUCCUGAAGUAAUGGAAUAAUCACUCGGGGUCCCUGUUUACCCUCUUUUUGU